AUGACUUCUCUAAAUACAAAUCUCGCCGAGCUUCCCGUUGGCACUUUUCGGCAAUUAUGUGAUUGUUUAAACGCGAACGAGCUCUGGAUGAAGCUGCUUGAUGGAGAGAAAACGAAUAUCUACUAUUUAAGUUCCGAUGAAGUGGAACGAUACGCGAGAAUGGCCGACCCAGCCGAAACGCUUCUCAGGCUUUGGGGAACUCGGGGACAGACUGUUCAACUUUUUAUCUCCAGACUCCAGGCGUUGAGCCGGGUUCAUCGUGAUCUCGUCGAUCGACCACAACUCGUCUUGUAUCGCAGUUUCAAAGCAGUCAAGUGGGCUCGGCCGGAAGAAGUUGAGAUCUCGAUCAUCUCCGAUGGCACCGAAAUUAAACUCGUUUGUAAAGUCAUUGGUUUUCCUUACCCUCGCUUUCAAUGGCUAUGCAACGGGAUGCCAAUGGACGGUGUAAAUACGGACACGCUGAUCAUACCGAGAUGUCAAUGUUCGACGACUUCAAAUUAUCAAUGCAAAGCUUGGAAUGAGGUGGUGGAAGGCUCUCCGAACAGCGAUCAUUAUAGGAGACGUGGGAAGCAAUACUCAUCUUCAUUAGAAUCAAAACCUGUAAAUAUCGAGCCGUUGAUUCGCGAGGAUCGCAUUUGUGAUCAAUGCCAAAGCGCCGAAUAUCAAAAACUCUGCGCCACUGUGGACAGCUUGAAUCAGGCCGAGAACGAAAUGCCCACAACGUCAAGAAGAAUAAACGACAUUUCCUCGAUCGAUCUUUUUGCAACGGAUAAAGUCGCCCUGAUAAUCUCGAAUUGUGCGUAUCAAAAUUUGCCGGAGUUGGUCACACCACUCUGCGAUGCUGAAACACUAGCUCAAGGCUUGCAAGAUCUCAAGUUCAAGACAGUAACCCUAGCCGAUUUAACUCUUGACGAGAUGCAGAAGAUCGUAAAAGAGUACAAGAAAUUGCUUGGCUCGGGUGUUUACGCUGUUUUGUAUUUCGUUGGGCAUGGCUUCGAAGUGAACGGACAGUGUUACUUGCUUCCAGUCGAUGCCCCAGAAGAUGCGCACACACCAGAGAGUUGUGUUAGCAUGGAUUGGGUUUUGAAUGUCUUCAAUGAUCAAUCGCCGUCACUUCAUCUCAUCUUGCUAGAUGUUUGUCGAAAAUUCUUACCCCUCGAGUCUGUGAAAGGUUUUGUGGACUACGCGGAACAGUUUAAACGACGACUCCGCCCCAAUAGAAACACUGUUUACGGCUAUUCAACUAGCGGUGGAGUUGGUGCUUACGAGGUGAAAGGAGAAAUCAAUGGAGUUUUCAUGAAAUAUCUAAAGAAUCAACUUCCUCUGAACACUUCAGUGCUCGAUAUGCUGAAUGCAGUCUUUAGAGAUAUUGAGAAUGAUGAGAAAGUUCGAGCCGUUCAAAUCCCAGAGCUACGGUCAACACUGACACAACCCAGGAGUCUUCACGAUGAGUUGAUCUUCGAUGGGCACACUAUUUCUUAUGAUCAUCACACGAUACAUUGGCGAUUGAUGCAUGAACUUCCAAACCCUGUGAUAGUCCGGUUUCCGAAUGUGAAGUUGAAGGCGACAAUCUUUUUCGAUUUUUGCGGCCAUUUCACAAACAAGGUAUACGUCUAUUCAUCAGUUGGUGAUUUGCAUUUGGAAGAUGAUAUCGAAGAUGAGACUCCGCUAUCGGAGAAUGCUCGAUCUCAUCUAGCUCUACUCACAUUUCCUCCAUUUGCUUCACUAACCAAACCCAGACUGUUAGAAGAUGAUGAAGAGGGAACCUCAUUUUGCGUGUUGCUCUCUCAUUUGCAAAGAUUCAAGGGUGAAGUAACAUGUUCGGUGCAACUUUGCUUGAAAGAGAGCCCUGGAGAAGCCGUCGAAAUAGCUGACGCGAAACUCGGUCACGUCUUGAUCACACGAUUGGGACUUCUUCGA